AUGGACAGCCUGUUUAGCAACGAAAACGACCCGCAGAUAACUCAACCCCCAUCCCAUCCGAAUCAAGAGGAUGUCGGGACUCCACUGGUGGAAUCACGCGAAGCAUCAACAUCAGCAUCAGGAUCAACAACAGCAAGUGGUGGAGUUAAAAGCAGCACCCCCGUGAUCAACGACUUUACAUGUCAUUGGAAAAACUGCCGACACCCCAACCACAAUGACUUGACGAACGUCGUGAACCACGUGAACAAUGUCCACAUUGGAGCGAUGCAGCCACAACCAAACACCAUCAAAUAUAUUUGCUAUUGGGAAGGCUGUGCUAGAUUUGGCAUUGAGCAGCCUAGUCGAUUCGCCUUGAUCCUGCAUUGUCGUACUCACACCGGUGAGAAACCAUUCUUUUGCACCAUACCUGAAUGCGAGAAACACUUCACGCGGUCGGACGCGUUGACUAAGCACAUCAAGGGAGUUCACGAUUUGCACAACGUCAAGGACCAGUUGAACGCGAUGAAAGAAAAAGCUCGGAAAUUGCAGUGUGAUUACGGGUUUGAUGUCGAGCAUCUUGGCGAGGAAGAGUACAUUAAGAUGAUUCAAGGUGAUUUUGAAAUCAAGACCCCGUGGUGGUUUACGCAGCAAGCGGUUGAUGUUUUACAACGAUGCCAAAAGGGUGAGUUGAAUCUGGAGAAUUUACCAUUUGAUUUCACCCAGUACAAGUUGGCCAAUGCGAGAAUCAAGCAUUACUUGAGCCAACAGAAUCACGGACAAGAGGGAGAUGUGCCGCCGUUUAUCACAAACAAUGAUUCAAAUAACGGAGCGGUGAAUAUCGUUAAAAAGCAGUUGCAGUUUGAAAAUCCCGGUAAAAAAAGUGCCGAAAUUAAUAGCAACAAGAUGUUGCAAAAGUUGUCGAGCGACUCGUUGGGUCUCGUUUCGCAGUAUCACAAGGACGACACAAGUAUAGACAAGAUCACCGACUUGGCGUCGUUGAAAGCAUUGCAUGAUAAACUCUUGAACCAUUUGAACACGGCGAUGAAGAUAAACAAAGUGGUUACGAAUAAACUCAGUCUGGUCAUUUUGGAAAAGAGGAAAUUGUGGCUCCGUAAUCAGGUUUUGAUCGAUGCUAAUAUCGAGAUUGGCUUGCCUCCCGAGCACAAUGCCCUGGCUCCUCAUCGCGUGAUGCAGGAUAAAUACGAUAAGGAGAUACUACGGGGGUGA